UAACCAAAAUGAAUUAAUUCCCAUCACGUCCGCCCGGACGGUGGGGUCGAAUUCCUCCAUCACAACUCCACCCUCUACCCUUCACUCUCUGCGGUUAGAGAAUAGAGCGAGACCACUGGCCCCUAUCGCGCCCCAGAAUCAGUUCCUUCACUGGAACUUCCCCUGAGAGAGCUUUGACGCCUCGCCGAAGACGGCAGGAUUCCGGCGUGACACGGCCGCGGAUGCGUGAUCCCAGUAGCCCGCGGUGGAGCAAGCAAGAUGGAAGCUUUCUUCACGAAGAGAAAUGCAUGAGGGCGGUGCCUCGGUCACAUCUCUCUUCUUCGUGGGUCACAUCUCUCUUCUUCGUGCCUGUGAUGAUGUCGUGCUUCAUAACGUUGGUGGGUGAUUCUUUUUAAGGCUGGUUGCUGAUGUUGUGACAGAGUGAAGACACCGAAAAUAAUAAUUUUUCGAUGGGUUCAUCUUCACUUCUUUCAAACUUGCCGAGAUGAACAAUAGAAGGGGGCAAAAUUUUCAGAACCCUUCACUGGGAUGUAUGGGAAGGAUGAUCAACAUAUUUGACUUGAGUACUGGCGUGGCAGGAACCAAGCUGCUCACUGACAAAGCACACAGAGAUGGUUCUCCAAUCAGUAAAAAUCAGUCUGAUGCGUUGAAGAAGCCUAGGGAUCCCAGCUUAGUUCCAGUAGAGGACAAACAAAUAACCCGUGAAUCAAGGAAGAGUGCCUCUAACAAGAACUCAGGUGGAACACCAAUGAAGAUGCUUAUACAUCGAGAGAUGUGGAAAGAAGCAGAGUUAAAGCAGAAGCCACCAAAUGUUGUUGCUAGACUCAUGGGGCUUGAUACCUUGCCAGUGCAUCAAUCAGUGUUAUCUGCUAAAAAAAGCUCCCAAGAUGGCUAUUCACACAGUUUAGCAGGAGCACUUAGGGGCUAUCAUCUGCAGGAAGAUGACUAUUUUCACAAACCAGUUCAGUGUGAAAUUCCUCAUGAAAAGCAUGAAUACAAAGAUGUAUAUGAAAUCUGGCAGAAACCAUCAAAGAUUAGUCAUAUUAAGGAUCAGCAUCCACAGAAUGGAAGGUAUGAUGAGAACUCAUAUGAAAAGAGAAUGACUCUUGUUCGCCAGAAGUUCAUUGAAGCAAAACGCUUAGCAACAGAUGAAAAGCUCCUUCAGUCCAAAGAGUUUCAAGAUGCACUUGAGGUUCUAAGUUCGAACAGAGAUUUAUUCCUCAAAUUUCUAGAAGAACCAAAUUCUCUGUUCUCAAAGCAUCUGCAUGAACACCAGGCCAUCUCUCCACCUUCUCAGACAAAGCACAUAACUGUUCUGAAACCAUCAAAAACUAAUGGGGCAAAGUUUGAGGAACAACAACUCUACUCCUCUGUUGAAGAAAGCAAAUGUCAUGUGAAUAAACAUGAUUGGUCCCCUCGUUUCUCUCAUGCAAAAGCUUAUAAUUUAUCUCAACCAACCAGGAUAGUAGUUUUAAAGCCUAGCCCAGGAAAGCUCCAUGACACAAAGACCACAAUGACAUCCCCAGCAUCUUCAGUAGAACAGCUUGGAAGUAGAGAUUCUUAUGGAGCUUUGGCAACUGAUGGAGUAGCAGGGUCAAGAGAAAUAGCCAAGGAAAUUACGCGUCAGAUGCGAGAAAGCCUGAGUAGUAACCGAAGGGAUGAAACCUUGUUGUCUUCGGUCUUAUCGAAUGGAUAUGUUGGAGAUGAGAGCUCAUUCAAUAGGUCAGAAAGUGAGUGUAUGGAGGAAGAGAGUGGUAACUUAAGUGAUUCUGAGACCGCCACUCCGACUUCACGACACUGUUGGGAUCACAUCAAUAAAAUUGGCAGUCCUUAUUCAAUAUCAUCUGUAAGUCGAAAAUCUUAUUCACCUGAGUCAUCAGUAAUCAGGGAGGCCAGAAAACGGCUCUCAGAGAGGUGGGCAUUGGUGGCAUCGAAUGCAAAUAGUCAACAACAAAAACAAACACGGAGAAGCUCAAGUACCUUGGGUGAGAUGCUUGCCAUUCCUGAGAUAAAGAAAGAAGAGGAGAAUAGUGGGGGACUUGCUGUUUCGAGCAGCAGGUCAUGUGAUGAUACGAGCCUUCAAUUACUGUCGCCAUGUUUAUCUACAGGUGGGGUAAAGGAAGGAUGUAGUGGGGGGUUCUCCCCUAAUAAUUUGUCAAGGUCAAGAUCUGUUCCAUCUUCUUCAGCUUAUGAAGCCCCUGAGUUGAAUGUGGAGGUUUCUGAUGCUUCAAUUAGCAAAGCCAUUGUUCAUGAGGACAUUGCUAAGCCAAAGAGUGGCAAGUCAUCUUUCAAAGGGAAAGUUUCAAGUUUGUUCUUCUCUAGAAAUAAGAAACAUGUUCAAGGGAAAUCUAUUCCAUCUUCAGCGGGUUGUGAUGAUAGGCUCCAACCUGGUUGCAUUAAGGUUGAUGGUAAAAUAAAUGAUUUAUUACAUUCUGUCAAUGACAAUCGACCUAAGCAAAGUGCAGUGGUUAGUUCGUGUAAAAAAAGUUCUGGUGAUGAUGGACCAAAUCGGGGCUUCUGUGCUAAGCAGGGUGCUUAUUCUCUUGAAAAAACAAUGACAUGCGCAAACUCCAGUGAGAACCAGGACCACCCCAGCCCUGUGUCAGUUCUACAAGCACCAUUUGUUGAUGAUGUCAACAAUAAUAUGUCCCAAGCUUCUCCAUGCCACAUCGCUGGAUGUCCACAAGCUCUCUCUAGGUCUCCACCAAUUGAGUCAAUUGCUCGUUCCUUAUCACGUGAUGGCUCCAGUUUAGGAAGAAUAUUGAUGAAUCCCCUAAAACCUUCCAGCCUUGUGCCCAAGGUAGAAGAAGAACAAGAACGAUUUGUGCUUGUCCAAAAGUUACUAUCAUCCGCUGGCUUGCAAAAUGAGAAGUCUUACAUGAUCUUCACAAGAUGGCAUUCACUGGAGAGCCCUUUGAAUCCAAUGUUACUGGAUAAAUAUUUGGACAGGAAGGAAGAAGAGGCUAAGUGCAGGGAGAGGCGAUCAAACCAGAGGCUCCUAUUCGAUUGUGUCAAUGCAGCAUUGCUGAGCGUUGGUCAAAGUGCCAUAUUGGCUUCAUAUCCAUGGGCUGGAGCAUGUUCUGGGGCUUGGAAGGAUGGUACAGCUGGUGCUUCGGUGACCGAGGAAGUAUGUGAGCUUGUGAGAAAUUGGUACUCUGGUGAAGAGAAGUCUCUGCCAAGUGAGCCUCGUAGCAUCAACCUUGUGGUAGAUAGAGUGGUGAAAAGAGAAAUAGCAGGAAGGGGAUGGGCAGAAUUUAUGUGGCUGGAAAUGUAUGAGUUCAGCAAGGAGAUUGGUGGUCUGGUGUUGGAGGAGUUGGUUGAGGAGGCAUUGUCAGAUUUUACUUGUGGGUGAUUGAAAUGAGGUGCUUUUCUCCUCUUUUUCCCUUUUUCUUUCCUAACAGCCCGUUCUAUUUUUUGUUAUCCAUGCGAUGAUACUGGUGGCUUCAUAUUCUGUAGUAUAUCUAUAUAAUUCCCAAGUUGUAUUGUAUGUGCAUUGUUUGCUAUUGGAUGUUUUCUCAUAAAUGAAGGGUAUAUGCUUCUUCAAC